AUGGAAAACAUUUGCACAAAGUCUCCGACCCCCCGGCACUACGCCACGUACACGUCCAGAGCGCCCUGCAACCAGACCAGGGAUAUGGGCGGUGUUCGAGAUGGAUAUGAUAAGAACAACAGAAAGAACCGCAAAAGGUCCUUCUUCAGUCUCCUGGGCAAGAAGAUAUCAAAUUCAAAACCUGCAAGCCCUUCGCAAUCGCCCAUCUCAUCCCCGCCUCCUCAUUCUUCCUCGUCUACACCUCCACAUCAAGGCUCAACCACCUGCCCGCGUCUCUCAAACCAGCUCACCCCAGCGACAUCAACCUCCCGAGUUUCAUGCGAUCGAAAACCCGCAGAAUACUUCCAACGACUGAAACAGCUCACUCACUCUCGAAAGGGGCCAUCAUCCCCGUUAUCCUCUUCACAUCCGCCCUCGCCAAAACACGCUGCUGGUUGCAAUGAUAAACAAGAUCACCGUACCGCCAUUAAUAUCAUCGACGAUGCCAGCAACUCGAUUGGCCACCCGCAACGACAAAACCAACUACCAGCCACUCAACCCAUGACUGUUCCAAUCCCACUAAACCUUCCCAGCCACAGCAAUCACAGUGAUAUCAACAACAACAACAACAACGGAAAACCCACUCCGGACCAACCACGAACCUCAUCCCCUCUCCUUCCCUCGCCCCUCCAACAAAGUCUUCUCCUUAACCCAUCCCCAUCCAAAGAAAGCAAAUUCCGCAAGGCAUUCUUCCGCGGCAGUCCACCCAAAUCCAACACUCCACUAACUCAAUACAACAUGGCCGCCCUACAGGCCGAAUUGGACGGCAAACCUGGCGCGGGUUGGAGGGUGCGUGAUGUCUCCAAACCAAACCCGCUAGGUGCUGAUGGCGGCGAUGACUAUGAUGAGUUGUUGGAGUUGGGGCGUAGUGCGAGGGGGGCCGUGUUGGAGAAGGAACUGAAUCUGUCGAGAGAGAGGUUGAUUUGUGGCGUUAAGAGGUGGUUGAGCGAGGUGCAGGAGGGAGGGGAGGGUAAGAAUUGGUGA